AUGGGUGAGGUGGAAGACUCGAGGUUGAUCUUCCUGCGGGAGUACGUCGAGAGAACCCUCAAGUUAAAGGCGGACAAAUGGCAGAAGCUGGUCAGCGUAGAGGAAACCAAGCAGCUACUCACAGACUUCUUCGAGAAAUGCGACUACAGACAGCUCGUGAUAAGCGCAAACUCGACCGGCGCGCUCGCCGCGACGUACGCAUUUCCCAGCGGCCAGAAGACGAAGGCCGUUUACUUCAUAAAGAAGAGUCAGAAGGAACCGAUAUCCAAAGACAAGGUGAAGAGUUCGCUGUUCGUCGGCGACCUCUCGCACCUCCCGCUCGAACAAUUCUCGUCGCUCGUCGAGGAAAUCCUCGUCCCGCUGCUUCGUAACGACUUCAACCAGAAGUGCUGGCCUCAGGUCGUCUCGCAGGACGUGCUCAGACACAUACACAGCCUCAAGAACCGCGUGUUUGUCGUGUCGGGGCAGGUGCGCGGCAAGACGCUGCUGCCGCUGCCCGUCGGCACCGACCGCGUAGACAAGGCCGUGCACGUCGCCAAGACGAGCGGCGAGAUCUACGACCGCGGGCUCAUACACGCCAUCGAGACGGUCGUCAUCGACUGGACGCACCAGAUACGAGACGUGCUCAAGCGCGACUCGUCUCAGCCGCUGCUCGAGGGUCUCGACCCAGGUCCGCACGUCGAGGUCGAGUUCUGGAAGGCCAAGUGUAAGAACCUGCAGUGCAUCUACGAGCAGCUGCGCACGCCCAAGGUGCGCAAGAUGGCCGAGCUGCUCAACACGAUGCAGAGCAGUUACUUCCCGUCGUUCCGGAGCAUGUUCCGCGACGUCGUCGGCGCGCUAGCCGAGGCGCAGGACGUCAGUCUCUACCUGACGCCGCUCGCGAGACACUUUGACGACCUCGAGCAGGCGGACUUUGCCGACGUCGUGCCGCUGCUGCGUCCGAUGAUGCACGUCAUCUGUCUCGUGUGGAGUCGCUCGCGCUACUACUGCACGCCGGGACGCGUCGUCGUGCUGCUGCAGGAGAUAUGCAACCUGCUCAUCGCGCAGGCGCGCGCGUACCUCGAUCCCGCUGAGAUCUUCAAGGGCGAGAUCGACGAGAGCUUGCAGAAGGUGACGACGUGCCUCACGAUAUUCGCCGCGUUCCGCGCGACGUACGACGAACACAAGGCCGCCAUCGCGACCUACUUCGGCGACGAUCGGCCGGCGAAGACGUGGGAGUUUGCUCCCGCGCUCGUCUUCACGCGCAUGGACAAGUUCACCGAGCGACUGCAGACGAUCCGCAUCCUCUUCGAGACGGCGCAGGAGUUCAUGAAGCUAGAGAAGGUGGAGAUGGGCGGCAUCAAGGGUCGCAGUCUCGGCGCGCAGGUCGUCUGCAUCUUCGAGGAGUUUCAGGGCCACUACGCCGGCUUCGCGCUGCGCACGUACGACGCUCUCGACCCGCUCUGCCGGGAGUUCAUCGACGACUACUCCGUCUUCAUGAACCACAUCUACGACCUCGACCGCCGCCUCGGAUCCAUCAUCUGCCAGGGAUACGACGACUGCACCGGCACCGAGGGCGUCUUCAAGAUGCUCACUUGUUUCGGCACGCUGCUCGACCGGCCAAUCAUCAAGGAGGAGUUCGAGGCGAAGUACCAGCUGCUGAUGCGGACGAUCGACGAAGACCUCGACACGGCGAAGCUCAUCUACGACGAACACAUGAGUCUCGCCAAGAAAGGUCGGGCGCCCAUCAACAAGAACAUGCCGCCGGUCGCCGGCGCCCUCAAGUGGGCGUCGGAGCUGCGCGAGCGAAUCACGGCGCCCGUCGCUAGCUUCCGCGCUCUCGAGCACGCGGUGGCGGCGAGCCAGGCCGGACGACUCGUCUACCACAAGUGCGACGAGAUGCUGGCCCUGCUCGCCGCGUACGAGACGCGGGUGUACAGCGAGUGGGCGGGAGCCGUCGGCGACAAGGCGGAGUUCAACCUGCAGCAGCCGCUCGUGACGCGCAACGCCGACACCCGCCUCGUCGCCGUGAACUUUGACCCUCAGCUGGUCGCCGUGCUGCGCGAGGUCAAGUACCUCGAGGCGAUGAAGCGGACGGACAUCCCCGAGGGAGCGGCGACGCUCUACAAGCGAAACGGCGAGCUCUACCAGUACGUCGCCAACCUGAACCUGACCGUCGGCUGGUACAACAAGAUCCGCGAGACGACGCUGCCGGUAGAGUUCCAGCUGGUGCUGAGCGAGCUAGAAGCCAUCGACCAGCUGCUGCAGCAGGCGGAGGGCGAGCUGAACUGGAACAGUGCCAACCUGUGGGACUACAUCCAGGACGUGCAGGCGCAGGUGCGCGGCCUCGAGUCGCGGCUGCAGCAGGCCAAGGACAACGUGGUGUGCGUGCACGCCGUCAUGGCGACGUGGUGCCGGCAGCCGCUGUUCGAGAAGAAGGAGAAGAAGCGCGAUUCGCUGCUGAGCCUCGAGGACCGGCAGGAGCGGGCGCGGCGGCGUAACGCUGACGUCGCGGCGGCCGGGGAGCGCAUCAACGCGCUGCUAGCGGAGAACGCCGCGCUGUACCGCGCCGACACCGCGUCGCAGGACUGGCAGCGAUACGUGGAACACGUCGACGAGGUCAUCACCGACGGAUUCUUCGGUGCGAUUCACUGCAGCAUGAGUUACCUGCUGGACAACACCGACCACGAGCAGCCGCUGACGCCGCUGUUUGAGGCGCAGCUGGAGCUGCAGGCUCCCGAACUCGUCUUCUCUCCGUCGCUGGUGUACGGGCGCGAACACAGCCUCUACGCGAUCAUCGACGACCUGCUGCGCGACGUGUUCGCGAUGGCUUCCUACAUCGCGCGCGUCGCUCGCCACCUCGGCCACGACAACUACCAGAUGGAGCUGGAGGACAUGGAGGAGUUAUCAGACAUGAGACAGGAGGUGAUCGAUCGCGUGCAGGCAGCCGUAGGCAAGGCCAUCGACUUCCGAAACUCGUUCGACAACUACUCGUACCUGUGGGUGGAGGAUCGCGCAGAGUUCAUGCGCCAGUUCCUCCUCUAUGGACACGUCAUCACGCCCGAGGAGCUGGAGAACGCCGGCGAGGAGGGCGUACCGGAGAACCCUCCACAGCUGUCGCACUUCAAGGAGCAGAUCGACUCGUACGAGGCCAUCUACACGGAGGUGGAAGGCAUCGACAACACGGCGGUGUUCGACGGCUGGUUCCGCGUCGACAUCCGUCCGUUCAAGCAGGCCCUGCUGAACGUCAUCAAGCGCUGGAGCCUCAUGUUCAAGCAGCACCUUGUCGACCACGUCACGCAGAGUCUCACGGGCCUGCAGGAGUUCAUCCGCGUUGCUAACGCCGGGCUGACGCUACACGUCGAGGAGGGCGACUACGCGGGCAUGGUCGACGUCAUGGGUCACCUGAUGCGCGUGCGCGACCGCAGCGCCACCACCGACGAGAUGUUCGAACCGCUCAAACACACCAUCGAACUGCUCAGUUCCUACAACCAGGAACUGUCCGACGACGUUCACUCGCAGCUGCACGAACUCCCCGAACAGUGGAACAACACGAAGAAGAUCGCCGUCACCAUCAAGCAGCAUAUGGCGCCGCUGCAGGCUAACGAGGUCGCCAUCUUGCGACGCAAGAGCGCAAACUUCGACGUGCGGCAGCACGAGUUCCGCGAGAAAUACCGCGUGAACGCGAUCUUCCGCUACGACUGCGGCGACACGUACCCGCGGCUCGACCGCGCGCACGCUGAGAUCACGGCGAUGGAGGGAGAGAUGGCCGCGCUCGCAGAGUCGGCGAGUCUCUUCGAGGUCAACCUGCCUGAGUUCAAGCAGCUGAAGCAGUGCCGGCGGGAGCUGCUGCUGCUCAAGCUGCUCUGGGACUACGCCAUGAUCGUACGCAGCAGCAUCGACGACUGGAAGACGACGCUGUGGGCUGACAUCGACGUCGAACAGAUGGAGAUGGACUGCAAGAAGUUUGCGAAGGACAUCCGCGGGCUGGACAAGGAGUGCCGCGCGUGGGACGCGUACGGCGGGCUCGAGGACACCGUCAAGAACAUGCUGACGUCGCUGCGCGCGGUCGGCGAGCUGCAGAACCCGGCGAUCCGCGAGCGGCACUGGCAGGAGCUGAUGCACGCGGCGAAGGUGAAGUUUGUGAUGAGCGACACGACGAAUCUGUCCGACCUUCUCGCGCUAAACCUGCACAACUUUGAGGACGAGGUUCUCGGCAUCGUCGACAAGUCCGUCAAGGAGAUGGCGAUGGAGAAGACGCUCAAGGAGCUGGACGUGACGUGGGCGAGCAUGGAGUUUGAGCACGAGCUACACGCGCGCACCAAGUGUAAGCUGCUGCGCUCCAGCGAGGAGCUCAUCGAGACACUCGAAGACAACCAGGUGCAGCUACAGAACCUCAUGACGAGUAAGUACAUCGGACACUUCCUCGAGGAAGUCUCCGGCUGGCAGAAGAAGCUGUCCAUGGCCGACCAGGUGAUCAGCAUCUGGUUCGAGGUUCAGCGUACCUGGUCUCACCUGGAGAGCAUCUUCAUCGGAUCCGAGGACAUCCGCUGCCAGCUUCCAGAGGAUUCGAAACGCUUCGACAGCGUCGACGCCGAGUUCAAGGAACUUCUGUGCGCGAUGGAGAACACGACGAACGUCGUCGCCGGAACGAACCGCGACGGACUGUUCGAGAAGCUCGAGGUUCUUCAGAGCCAGCUGACGCUGUGUGAGAAGGCCCUCGCCGAGUACCUCGAGACAAAGCGCCUCGCGUUCCCGCGAUUCUACUUUGUGUCGUCUGCGGACCUGCUCGACAUUCUCUCUAACGGCAACCAGCCUGAGCUGGUAGCUAAGCACCUGAGCAAGCUGUUUGACAGCAUGGCGAGGCUGAAGUUCCUCGAGGACGAGGACGGCAACUUGACGAAGACCGCGCUCGGGAUGUACAGCAAGGAGGACGAGUACGUGGAUUUUGAUCGGCCGUGUGAGUGCACGGGUCAGGUCGAGGCGUGGCUGAACCGUCUCAUGCGAGCCAUGUGCUCGACCGUGCGUCACUACAUGGCAGACGGCGUCGUCACGUACGAGGAGAAACCUCGCGAGCAAUGGCUGUUCGACUACAUGGCACAGGUGGCGCUGUGCGGCACACAGAUCUGGUGGACGACGGAGGUGGGCAUCGCGUUCGGUCGGCUGGAGGAAGGCUACGAGAACGCACUGAAGGAUUACUACAAGAAACAGGUACAACAGCUGGUGACGCUCAUCAACCUGUUGAUCGGUGAACUAACGAAGGGUGACCGGCAGAAGAUCAUGACCAUAUGUACGAUCGACGUUCACGCGCGAGAUGUUGUUGCUAAGCUCAUCCAGCAGAAGGUGGAGAUGGCCGGUGCCUUCCUCUGGCAGUCACAGCUCAGACACAGGUGGGAUGAGAAGGAUAAGGAUUGCUUUGCUAACAUAUGCGACGCACAGUUCCGUUACUCACACGAAUACCUGGGCAACACCCCGAGACUCGUUAUCACACCUCUCACCGACAGGUGUUACAUCACGCUGACACAGUCGCUGCACUUGAUCAUGGGUGGCGCCCCCGCUGGGCCGGCGGGCACGGGGAAGACGGAGACGACGAAGGACCUAGGUCGCGCGCUCGGCAUCAUGGUCUACGUGUUCAACUGCUCCGAGCAGAUGGACUACAAGUCGUGCGGUAACAUCUACAAGGGCCUCGCGCAGACGGGGGCGUGGGGGUGCUUCGACGAGUUCAACCGCAUCUCUGUAGAGGUGUUGUCCGUCGUUGCCGUGCAGGUGAAGUGCGUACAGGACGCGAUACGAGACCGCAAGCAGAGAUUCGACUUCCUCGGCGAGGACAUCUCGCUGAUCCCUACCGUCGGUGUGUUCAUCACGAUGAACCCGGGUUACGCCGGACGCACGGAACUACCCGAGAACCUCAAGGCGUUGUUCCGACCCUGCGCGAUGGUUGUUCCCGACUUUGAGUUGAUCUCUGAGAUCAUGUUGGUGGCGGAGGGUUUCGUGGAGGCGCGUCUUCUCGCGCGUAAGUUCAUCACGCUCUACACGCUCUGUAAGGAGCUGCUGUCUAAGCAGGAGCACUACGACUGGGGGCUGCGCGCCAUCAAGUCCGUGCUCGUGGUCGCCGGCUCGCUGAAGCGCAGCGAUAAGGGUCGGCCGGAGGACCAGGUGCUGAUGCGCGCGCUCCGAGACUUCAACAUUCCCAAGAUCGUCACCGACGACGUGCCCAUCUUCAUGGGUCUCAUCGGCGACCUGUUCCCCGCGCUCGACGUCCCGCGCAAGCGCGACGCCGAGCUCGAGAAGAUGGUGAAGCAGUCGACGAUCGACCUGAAGCUGCAGCCCGAGGAGGGCUUCAUCCUCAAGGUCAUCCAGCUGCAGGAGCUGCUGCAGGUGCGACACUCCGUGUUCGUCAUCGGCAUCGCCGGCACGGGCAAGACGCAGGUGUGGAAGACGCUCUUCAAGACCUACCAGAACCAGCGUCUGCGCCCCGUCGUCACCGACCUCAACCCGAAGACCGUCACCAACGACGAGCUGUUUGGCAUCAUCAACCCAUCGACGCGCGAGUGGAAGGACGGACUGUUCUCCGUCAUCAUGCGCGACCAGGCCGGCAUCGCGCACGACGGACCAAAGUGGAUCCUGCUAGACGGAGACAUCGACCCGAUGUGGAUCGAGUCGCUCAACACGGUCAUGGACGACAACAAGGUGCUGACGCUGGCCAGUAACGAGCGUAUCGCUCUCACGCCGCACAUGCGACUCAUCUUCGAGAUCAGCAACCUGAGGACGGCGACGCCUGCGACGGUGUCUCGCGCCGGCAUCCUCUACAUCAACCCUGCUGACCUCGGCUGGAACCCGUACGUAGCCAGCUGGAUAGAGACGCGAGACGUGCACUCAGAGAAGGCCAACCUGAUGAUACUGUUUGAUAAGUAUGUGCCGACGUGUCUCGAGACGAUGCGCACUCGCUUCAAGAAGAUCACACCCAUCGCCGAGGUCUCUCACAUACAGAUGCUCUGUUACCUGCUAGACGUACUGCUAACACCUGAGAACACACCGGCAGACUCGAGUAAGGACGUCUAUGAACUGUACUUCACCUUCGCCUGCGUCUGGGCGUUCGGCGGCAGCAUGUUCCAGGAUCAACUCGUCGACUACCGCGUCGAAUUCUCCAAAUGGUGGACGAGCGACUUCAAGACGGUGAAGUUCCCGAGUCAGGGCACCGUCUUCGAUUACUACAUCGACCCCGAGACGAAGAAGUUCGCUCCGUGGACCGAGAAGGUUCCGAAGUUUGAGCUCGACCCGGACGUUCCCCUGCAGGCGGCGCUGGUGCACACGGCGGAGACGACGCGCAUCCGCUUCUUUCUCGAUCUGCUCGCUGAGAAGCGGCGCCCGGUCAUGCUGGUCGGACCCGCCGGCACGGGCAAGACCGUGCUCAUCGGCGACAAGCUGCUUGACGUCGGCGACGACUACAUGGUCGCCAACGUGCCGUUCAACUUCUACACGACGUCGGAGAUGCUGCAGCGCGUGCUCGAGAAACCGCUCGAGAAGAAGGCCGGGAGGAACUACGGUCCGCCGGGCACCAAGCGCCUCGUCUACUUCAUCGACGACAUGAACAUGCCGGAGGUGGACGCGUACGGCACCGUGCAGCCGCACACGCUCAUCCGACAGCACCUCGACUACAGCCACUGGUACGACCGCACGAAGCUCAGUCUGAAGGAGAUCCACAACUGUCAGUACGUCGCCUGCAUGAACCCGACGGCCGGCAGCUUCACGAUCAACCCGCGGCUGCAGCGGCACUUCUGCGUGUUCGCUGUCAGCUUCCCGGGCGUGGACGCGCUGCACACCGUCUAUAACAGCAUCCUCACGCAGCACAUGUCCUACCAGAGCUUCCCCGCGGCAGUGCAGAAGAUUGGCUCAACCCUCGUCAACGCUGCGCUCGCGCUGCACCAGAAGGUCAGCCAGGUGUUCCUGCCGACAGCCAUCAAGUUCCACUACAUCUUCAACCUGAGGGAUCUGUCAAACAUAUUCCAGGGCAUGUUGUUCUCGACGCCGGACUGUGUGAAGACGCCUGUAACUAGUGCGGCUGUGGAUGCACUCGAGUCUCAGCGUGUGUACGGCGACAAGCUCAUCGACGACUCGGACAUGAGCAACUUCCAGAAGCAGCAGCUCGAGAUAGCAUCCAAGUUCUUCGAGGCGUUGACCGAGGUGCUCUCCAGCGAGCCGGCUGCCUCUACUGUCACUUCGCGGGCGGCAUCGGCGGAGCCCAAGUACGGCGCUGGCGUUGAGCUGAGUUGGAGGCGCGCUGAGUCGCACGCUCAUCCAGCCUACAUCAGCGGAAUAGAGGUGUUCCAGAUCACGCUGCGUAAAGGUUACAGCAUCGUCGACCUGAAGGCCGACAUCGCCGCGCUCUACAUCAAGGCCGGCCUCAAGAACAUCGGCAUCAUGUUCCUGAUGACCGACGCUCAGGUCGCCAGCGAGAAGUACCUCGUUCUCAUCAACGACCUGCUCGCGUCGGGAGAGAUCGCCGACCUCCUCCCCGACGACGACCUCGAGAACGUCAUCAGCGGCAUCCGUAACGAGGUCAAGGCCGCCGGCAUCAUGGACACGCGCGACAACUGCUGGCGAUUCUUCAUCGACCGCGUGCGGCGCAUGCUCAAGGUCGUGCUCUGCUUCUCUCCGGUCGGCGUGACGCUGCGCGUGCGCGCGCGCAAGUUCCCCGCCAUCGUCAACUCCACUGCCAUCAACUGGUUCCACGAGUGGCCACAGGAGGCGCUGAUGUCGGUCAGCAUGCGCUUCGUCGGCGAGAUCGAGAUGCUCUCGGGAGACGUUCGCGAGUCGAUCUCGUCCUUCAUGGCGUACGUUCACACGUCGGUGAACAACCUCAGCAAGGUGUACCUCGCGAAUGACCGCCGCUACAACUACACGACUCCGAAGAGUUUCCUCGAGCAGAUCAAGCUGUAUGAGAACCUGCUGGCUAAGAAGCAUCGUGAGCUGCAGGGGAAGAUCGACCGGCUGGAGAGCGGACUGGAGAAGCUGAGAAACACAGCGUCGCAGGUCGACGACCUCAAGGCCAAGCUCGCUGCGCAGGAGGUCGAACUGAAGCAGAAGAACGAGGACGCAGACAAACUCAUACAGGUCGUUGCCAUAGAGACGGAGAAGGUGAGCAAGGAGAAGGCGAUAGCUGACGUGGAGGAGAAGAAGGUUGCCGUGAUAGCAAAGGAGGUCGGUCAGAAGGCGAGCGACUGUGAGCGAGACCUCGCUAAGGCCGAGCCCGCUCUCGCCGCCGCGCAGGAAGCCUUAAACACACUCAACAAGAACAACCUCACAGAGCUGAAGUCGUUCGGUUCUCCCCCGGCGGUCGUCGUCAGCGUCGGCGCCGCCGUCAUGUGCCUGCUCGCGCCCGGAGGAAAGGUGUCCAAGGAUCGCAGCUGGAAGGCAGCCAAGGUCAUGAUGGCCAAGGUCGACCAGUUCCUCGACUCUCUCAUCACCUACGACAAGGAGAACAUCCACGAGAGCUGCCUCAAGGCGGUCGCUCCCUACCUCGCCGACCCCGACUUCACGUACGAGUUUGUGUCGGGUAAGUCGAUGGCUGCGGCAGGUCUGUGCUCGUGGGUCGUCAACAUCGUGCGCUUCUACACGGUCUACUGCGACGUCGAACCCAAGCGCCUCGCGCUCAACACGGCCAACGCCGAGCUCGCCGCCGCGCAGGAGAAGCUAUCCAGCAUCAAGAAGAAGCUGCAGGAGCUGGAGGAGACGCUGCAGAACCUGACGAGUCAGUUUGAGCGUGCGACCGCGGAGAAGCUUCGCUGCCAGCAGGAAGCCGACUCGACGAACCGCACCAUCUCGCUCGCCAACCGUCUCGUCGGCGGUCUCGCGUCCGAGAACGUGCGCUGGGCGGAGUCGGUCGCCGAGUACCGCGAGCAGGAGAAGACGCUGCCGGGAGACGUGCUGCUCGUCACCGCGUUCGUCUCCUACGUCGGCUGCUUCACGCGACGCUACCGCCUGCAGAUGAUGAACGACAUGUGGCUGCCGUUCCUGCGCGCGCAGAAGAACCCGAUCCCGAUCACGAGCGACCUCGACCCGCUGUCGAUGCUCACCGACGACGCGGACGUCGCCGGCUGGAACAACGAGGGCUUGCCCAGCGACCGCAUGUCCACCGAGAACGCCACCAUCCUCACAAACUCCGAGCGAUGGCCGCUGAUGAUCGACCCGCAGCUGCAGGGCGUCAAGUGGAUCAAGACGAAGUACGGCGAGGCGCUGCGCACGAUCCGGCUCGGUUCGCGCGGAUACCUGGACGUGAUCGAGGCGGCGCUGUCCUCCGGCGACGUCGUGCUCAUAGAGAACAUCGGGGAGAGCGUCGACGCCGUGCUCGACCCGCUGCUGGGACGCAACACGAUCAAGAAGGGUCGCGCGAUCCGCAUGGGCGACAAGGAGGUCGAGUACAACGCCAACUUCCGACUCAUCCUGCACACGAAGCUCGCCAACCCGCACUACAAGCCCGAGAUGCAGGCGCAGACGACCCUCAUCAACUUCACGGUGACGCGAGACGGACUCGAGGACCAGCUGCUGGCAGAGGUCGUCUCCAAGGAGAGACCCGACCUCGAGCGUCUCAAGUCGGACCUCACCAAGCAGCAGAACGACUUCAAGAUCGUGCUGAAGACUCUCGAGGAUUCGCUGCUCUCCCGGCUCUCCGCCGCCGAGGGAAACUUCCUCGGCGACACGGCGCUAGUCGAGAACCUCGAGACGACGAAGAAGACCGCCGCGGAGAUCGAGAGGAAGGUAGCCGAGGCGAAGACGACAGAGGUGGAGAUCAACACGGCGCGAGAGCUCUACCGGCCGGCCGCCGCCAAGGCCUCCCUCCUCUACUUCAUCCUCAACGACCUGAACAAGAUCAACCCGAUCUAUCAGUUCUCGCUGAAGGCGUUCAGCGUCGUCUUCCAGAAGGCGAUCGAGCGAGCGGAGCCGAGCGACGACGUCCGCCAACGCGUCGUCAACCUCAUCGACUGCAUCACCUACUCCGUGUUCGUCUACACGACGCGCGGACUGUUCGAGUGCGACAAGCUCAUCUUCACCGCGCAGAUGGCCUUCCUUGUGCUCAUCAUGAACCGCGAGAUCGCUCCCGCCGAACUCGACUUCCUCCUGCGCUUCCCCGUCGUCGUGAACGUCACCUCUCCUGUCGACUUCCUCCCCAACCACGGCUGGGGCGGCGUCAAGGCCCUGUCCGCGCUCGAGGAUUUCCGAAACCUCGACCGCGACAUCGAGGGCUCGGCGAAACGCUGGAAGAAGUUUGCGGAGAGCGAGUGUCCGGAGAAGGAGAAGUUCCCGCAGGAGUGGAAGAACAAGACGUCGCUACAGAAGCUGUGCAUCAUGCGCGCCCUGCGGCCCGACCGCAUGACCUAUGCUGUGCGAAACUUCAUCGAGGAGAAGAUGGGAGCGAAGUACGUCGAGGGGAGGCAGGUCGAGUUCGCUAAGUCAUACGAGGAGUCGGGUCCCGCGACCCCCGUCUUCUUCAUCCUCUCUCCCGGCGUCGACCCUCUCAAGGACGUCGAGGCCCUCGGCAAGAAGCUGGGAUUCACCUUCGACAACAAGAACUUCCACAACGUCUCGCUGGGUCAAGGUCAGGAGGUUGUCGCGGAGCAGGCGAUGGAGGUCGCGGCGAAGGACGGACACUGGGUCAUCCUGCAGAACGUUCACCUUGUCGCCAAGUGGCUGCCGAUGCUAGAGAAGCUGCUGGAGAGGUACAGCGUGGGAAGCCACGAGUCGUUCCGCGUCUACAUGAGCGCCGAGCCGGCCGGCACGCCCGACGCGCACAUCAUCCCGUCCGGCAUCCUCGAGACGUCGAUCAAGAUCACGAACGAGCCGCCGACGGGCAUGCACGCAAACCUGCACAAGGCUCUCGACAACUUCACGCAGGACACGCUGGAGAUGUGCGCGCGCGAGGCCGAGUUCAAGAGCAUCCUCUUCUCGCUCUGCUACUUCCACGCGGUCGUCGCCGAGCGGCGUAAGUUCGGCCCGCAGGGCUGGAACCGCGUUUACCCGUUCAACACGGGAGACCUGACGAUCAGCGUCAACGUGCUCUACAACUACCUCGAGGCGAACCCCAAGGUGCCGUGGGAGGACCUGCGAUAUCUCUUCGGAGAGAUCAUGUACGGCGGACACAUCACGGACGACUGGGACCGCCGGCUGUGUAAGACCUACCUAGAGGAGUACACGCACCCUGACCAGCUGGAGGGAGAGCUGUACCUCGCUCCCGGGUUCGCAGUGCCUCCAAACAGCGACUACAAGGGUUACCACCUGUACAUAGAUGAGUACCUGCCGGCGGAGAGCCCUUACCUGUACGGCCUGCACCCGAACGCUGAGAUCGGCUUCCUCACGACGACGUGCGAGAACCUCUUCAAGACGCUGUUCGAGAUGCAGCCGCGCGACUCGGGCGCGGGCGGCGGCGCCGGGGUCACGCGCGAGGAGAAGGUCAAGGCGACGCUGGACGAGAUCCUCGAGAAGCUUCCCGAGGAGUUCAACCUCGCGGAGAUCAUGAGCAAGGCAGAGGAGCGUACGCCGUACGUCGUCGUCGCCUUCCAGGAGUGCGAGCGCAUGAACACGCUGACCGCCGAGAUGCGUCGCUCGCUGCGGGAGCUCGACCUCGGUCUGAAGGGAGAGCUGACCAUCACCAACGACAUGGAGGACCUCUCCAACUCGCUCUACUUCGACCAGGUGCCGGCGUCGUGGACGAAGCGCGCGUACCCGUCGAUGCACACGCUCGCGGCGUGGUACGCCGACCUGCUGCUGCGCAUCAAGGAGCUCGAGAACUGGACGACGGACUUCCAGCUUCCCGUCUCCGUGUGGCUCGCCGGCUUCUUCAACCCGCAGUCGUUCCUCACCGCCAUCAUGCAGUCGAUGGCGCGCAAGAACGAGUGGCCGCUCGACCGCAUGUGCCUGCAGUGCGACGUCACCAAGAAGAACAAGGAGGACUUCACGAGCGCGCCCCGCGAGGGUUCCUACGUUCACGGACUCUUCAUGGAGGGCGCUCGCUGGGACACGCAGUCCGGCAUGAUCACCGACUCCCGCCUCAAGGAGAUGUUCCCGGCGAUGCCCGUCAUGUUCAUCCGGGCGAUCCCGGUGGACAAGGUGGACUCGCGUAACGUGUACGAGUGUCCCGUGUACAAGACGCGUCAGCGCGGACCCACAUACAUCUGGACGUUCAACCUGAAGACUAAGGAGAAGCCUGCGCGAUGGGUGCUGGCAGGCGUGGCCCUGCUGCUGCAGGUGUAACACAGGUGUGUGAGCUACAGGUGUGUGAGUUGUGAAGUGCAUGUGUGAGAUUCGGCGUGUGGGAUCACGUGUGGUUGCUGCUGUGAGGUUUAAGAGGUGAGGUUUCAUAUGUGAGUUUGCAGCUGCGAGUGGAGUUCAUACAAGGUUCAUUCCUAUCCGUUCUAGUUUUGAUGGGAUUUGAUGGGUUAUGGAGCUUUACAGUGGGUUUUACUAUGACUUCUAUGAUGGACUUAAAGAAAGAGUCGAUAAAAAUGUUAAACAGUCCAAUAUUAAAAUCUAAUAAAUCUAUCUAUAUAUAUAUAUUUAUAUGCGGUAAUGUGAGAGCUUCACUAAUAAAUAGUCCUCCAUGUGUGUGUCUGUGAAGCAGUGCAUUUAUGCCAAAGUUACUCGUGCCAAAUAAUACGGACAACAUAUCUGAAAACUCGUUAUAUGGCACGUAUAAUUAUAAAACCAUAUAUUAGGUAAUAUUCGGUUUUUUAACAUGUAUCCGUGUUGUUAUUUGGUUGUACAUUCGGUUUUUAGUGAUGAAAUAAAUGCACGUACUUGAUAA